AUGGCUGAGGUGGAUUGGACACACAGACAUCCAAGAGAUGAGGACCUGAGGGUUGGGCUCAUCAGCUGGGCAGGAAACUACCUCGCCUUUGAAGCAUAUAAGAAUACAGUCACAGCUACUGCAAAGAAUUUGGGCAGGAGACAGACCUGGGAGCUUCUAGUGAGCAACGAACAGGAGACGCAGGCUGUGGUGCGACUAAAGAGCUUGCAGGGCCUCUACCUGCUGUGCGAGGCAGAUGGCUCUGUGUGCUACGGCAAGCCGAAGACCAGCCACCACGGAUGCUUCCUUCUCCGUUUCCACCGAAAUGGCAAAUGGACCCUCCAGUGCAUAAUUUCCGGCCGCUAUCUGGAGUCUGACGGCGAGGAUGUGUUCUGCAACUCCAGGGUUCUCUCAGCGUACCACAUGUGGACGCCCAGGCCAGCCCUGCACGUCCACGUGAUGCUCUACAGCCCCGUCUACCACAGCUACGCCCGAGCUGACCACUCUGUGGGCAGGGUCUGGAUGGACGCAGCAGUCCCCUGCCUGGAGGAGUGUGGUUUCGUGCUACAUUUCCAAGAUGGAUACUACCACCUGGAGACUUCUACACACCAUUUCCUGUCUCACGUAGACCGGCUGGUCUCCCAGCGCUCCUCAAAGACAGCUUUUCACAUGCAAGUGCGGCCUAGAGGGCUUGUGGCGCUGUGUGAUGGAGAAGGAGGCUCGCUGUAUCCUCAGGGUUCACAUCUCCUCCUGGGCCUGGGCUCCAGUCCCGUGAGUGGUGAGGAGUGGUUCAUUCUGCAACACUUUCCAACCUGGGUCAGCCUGAGGUCAAAGAACCGGAGGCUCAUCUCAGUCAUCUACGACGCCGAGGUGUGCGCUGCCUCUGAGCGCCUGACCCCAAUGUCAUUGUUCCAGUAUGAAUGUGACCGUGAGAACGUUAACUUACAGCUUCGUUCAACCAACGGCUACUACCUAGCUCAGAGGCGCCACAGAGCAAUCAUCGCCGACGGGCACCCCGUGGAGCCUGAAACCUCCUUCCGUGCACACUGGAAUUGUGGGAAAAUCGUCCUGCAGGCCUCCAACGGGUGUUUCCUGAGCAUUGCAUCCAACGGCCUGCUGAUGGCAAGUGCCACCACUCCAGGCUCAAAUGAGGAGCUGGGGAUUCGGUUUGCCAACCGCUCCUUUCUGCUCCUGCGUGGCCGGUAUGGGUACGUGGGCUCCUGCUCAGACCGUGACCUGAUGCAGUGCGACAGGGAUCAGCCUGACUGCAUUCAGCUCCUGCCCUGCCGCCAGGGCAUCUAUCACUUCCAGGCACAGGGUGGUUCCUUCUGGUCGAUAACGUCCUUCGGCACCUUCCGCCCCUGGGGAAAGUUUGCCCUCAACUUCUGUAUAGAACUUCAAGGAAGCAACUUGCUCACGGUGCUGGCACCCAACGGUUUCUACAUCCGGGCCGACCGGAGUGGCACACUAUUGGCAGACAGCGAAACCAUUACAAAAGAAUGUAUCUGGGAAUUUUAGCUCAAUAGGAUGCCACCUGCCAAAUUCUACAUGCUUCAGGAACAACUUCUCAACGGAACAGAGCAAGAAACCCAGAGUCAAGAUCCAAGAGAAGAAUAUGUGUUGUACAAUUUUCCUACCAAGUUACCAAAACAUCUGUUUCAAGCGACAGUACAUCACAACAGGCCACCCCCACUACUCUGUGUGUGUGUGUGUGUGUCUCAGGAGACAUACGGUUUGGACUAUCACAUUUCCUCACUGAGAAUAUGCAUGUACAGAUGAAUGACACGAAGUGGAAGGGGAGCUGUGAGGAAGUAGAAGGAGGCCUAAACGAAGGGGAGGAACAAGAGAGGGUAAACGGCAGGAAGGAAUGACAAACGUUGCAGGCUUUCUCUUCUAUGUGGAAUCUGGAUUUAAAUAUAUAUACAUGCAUAUAUACAUGUAACAUGAAAGCAGACGGGAAGGAAGAGGACCAUUAAAAAAGUGGAGAGAGCUGGUCGCGGUGGUGCACAUCUGUAAUCCCAGCACUCAGGGAGGCAGAGGCAGGCCUCUGUGAUCUCUGUGAGUUCAAGGCCAGCCUAAAAACACUGUGAACACUACAAAGUGAGUCCAGGACAGCCAGGGCUACACAGAGAAACCUUGUCUUGAAAAAAAAAAAAAAACCAAACAAACAAAAACAAAAAACCAAAAAAAAAAAAAGGGGACGGGGGG